CAAAAUGAACGAGGAACUUGCCGAAAAUUCAUCAGUCACUGGCAACUCACAAAUUGGUUUAGUGACACCUCGAGACACAUGGGGCCGGAAAGAGAGUUCACCAACAGAUCGAUGGUAUCUUGUUUAUAUAAUUUUUACAAUGCACGGAAUGGGAAUGUUAAUGUCAUGGAAUAUGUUUAUUACAAUUGCUCCACAAUACUAUCACGAUUAUUGGUUUAACAAUACAAAUUAUCAAGACAGUUUUAUGUCAAUUAUUGGAGUGACGUCACAGAUUCCAAAUGUUGGAAUUAUGAUUUUAAAUACAAUUGUGGUCAUGGUAGGUUUCAUGAUGCUUCGAGUUGUGGUUCCUCUCAUUGUGAACUGCAUUUUGAUUGGGGUCAUUGUUAUUCUUGCCAUUUUUGUAACACCAUCUCCAGACAGUGUUACAUGGUUUUAUAUUGUUACUCUAAUCAUCAUAAUGGCUAUGAAUUUGGCCAAUGGAAUUUAUCAAAAUUCUGUAUACGGAAUCGUCGCCGAUUUUCCGGAUAACUACAUUAACUCUUUGGUUAUUGGAAACAAUUUGUGUGGAGUUUUUACUUCAGUAUUGAGUAUUCUAACAAUUCUUAUAUCGCCUAACGACAUUGAAUUGAAUGCCCUUUUAUACUUCAGUAUAUCAUUAGCAUUCAUGAUUGUUUGUUUGUUUUCUCUCUAUUUUCUGGUUCGAUUGCCAUUCUAUCAAUAUUACAUGGCAAAAGGAGUGGAGGCAAGAGCAGAGGAAAAAGUAGAUAAUCCGUCAAUCAGACAAUACUGGGAGUGCUUCAGAAUGUGUUGGGUCCAACUGUUCAACAAUUUCUACGUUUAUUUUGUUUCUCUUCUCAUCUUUCCUGCAAUGAUGACUGAUAGUGUGUACUCUGAUCCUACAAAUGGAAUAACUUCUGUUUUUGGAGAUAGUUUAUUCUUCCCGAUAACUACUUUCCUCAAUUUCAAUUUAUUUGCAUGGAUUGGAUCAUCUCUUGCCAAUUAUGUUCAAUUCCCAUCAGAGAAAUAUUUAUGGAUCGGAGUUGCUCUUCGAACCGUAUUCAUUCCAUUUUAUCUUUUCUGUAAUUAUCGUCCAGAUACUAGAAGAUGGCCUGUUUGGUUUAAGAAUGAAUGGUGGUUCACUAUUGGAUGUACCAUAAUGGCAUUUACUUGUGGUUAUAUGAGCAGUUUAGCGCUGAUUUAUACACCAAGCAAAGUGCCAGCUAGAUAUCAGAAGCUAAGUGGAAUGCUUGCAUCAAUUUUCCUAAUGCUCGGAAUUCUCAUCGGAGUCGCCAGUACACCCAUUGCUGCAUGGGCGGUGGACUCGAUAGGAAGUAGAAAGAACAUGACUGUAUAAUAUUUUGUUUGUGUGUGUAAUGUUUUUUUUGCGAACAUUAACAAAAAAAAUAAAACACUUAAAAAUAUCA